GGAGGAGCAAAGCGACAAUAUUAAACAAUGCAGAUCUUCGUCAAGACCCUCACUGGUAGGACCAUCAUUGUCGAGGUUGAGCCAAAUGACACCAUUGAGAAUGUCAAGGCCAAAAUCCAGGACAAAGAAGGCAUUCCCCCAGACCAGCAGAGGCUGACCAUCGCUCUUAAGCAGCUGUUAGAUUCCUGCACCAGGUCCAACUUCAAAAGCCAGAAAGCAUCCACUCUCCCCAUGGUGCUGGAUCUAAGUGGCAGCAUGCAGAUCUUUGUAAAGACCCUGACUGGCAAGACCAUCACUGUAGAGGUUGCGCCAAACGACAGCAUUGAGAAUGUGAAGGCCAAGAUCCAGGACAAGGAAGGCAUUCCACCAGACCAACAGAGGCUGAUCUUUGCUGGCAAGCAGCUGGAAGAUGGCCGCACAUUGUUCGAUUACAACAUCCAAAAGGAGUCUAACAUCGACCUCUUGCUCCGUCUGAGAGGCGGCAUGCAGACCUUGACUGGCAAAGCCAACACCCUCUAGGAGGAGCUGCAUUAUCAACACGACCACAUGCAGGCAGAACCCUUCUUCUUCAAGGCGCUUCACAAAUGUGCUGUGCUCGGCAUCCUAACAGGAGGGCUUCCACAAGAAGCUUCUAGAUGAGGCAAAGGGGCCAAGUGUGUGAGUAGUC